AUGAAUAAUCCAAAUAAUGUAACCUCUGGCCUCUAUUGCGAAAUAGACAGAUUCAGAUGCUCAAAAUGCGAGCAUGACGACUACCGCCAUAGAUACAGAUGUCAGAGACAUUUGAUUGGGGAUGCUUAUUGUAGAGAAGCGAUACCCAUGAUCACACCUGAUAGGAAUGUGUUUUGUAGAGAUUGCGCAGAAGAAGAGAUUAUCGGCAGUGACGAUCUGGAUAUAAGUAACCAGGGUCGUAUGUCACCGGAACUACCAGCAACUCGAGAUGUACCUGUCAGCAGUAAUAUAACACAAGGAGGAAGAGCGGAAGUUCAGCCUGUGCCUACCAAUGUUUUGCAAUCACCGGGCCUUGCCGAUCAACAUAUGGCACCAGGAGGGUGGAAUGAGCCUGGAGGUGUUCAACUUUCGACUUUAAACCCACAAUCCUCAGCUCAUGUAUCUCCAGACCAAGAUCUCGCGAUAACAUCAGUAGCGUCUGAAAAUGACCCCUCAGCACCGCAAUCAUCAGAAAAUAGUAACACAACCACAGCACCACCACCAACACCACCACCAACACGAGCAGCAGAGCCAACACCGCCAUCAACACCAGCACCGGAACCAACACCACCAUCAACACCAGUACCAGGACCAGCACCAGGGCCAUCACAGGAACCAGAGCCAUCGCCAGCACCGGAACCAUCACCGAAACCAAACCCAUCACCAAACCCAAACCUAUCACCAGAACCAUCAGCAGCACCCUCACCCGCAACAAGACAACCCGAAAUCUGGGCAACACUCCGCAGCUGGUGCUGUUGCACAUCCACCCAAUCCUCUACAUAA